AUGGCAUUGAUAGAUAGUUUGAUCGCCCUCUACAACGAAGCAUACGAGAACAGAGAGCCGUUGUGUGAUGGCUACCCACUGCUAGACUCCCCUGUUGGGGUCCUGACGAUCGUUGCUGUCUAUCUAAUGGUGGUCUGGCAGGGGCCAAAACUUAUGCAGCACCGCAGGCCAGUUGAUUUGAAAGGGAUAAUUAUAGUCUACAACAUCGUCAUGGUCUUUGUAUCAGCAUUCAUUUGUUUUGGGGGUAUCUACGCGAUCGUGUGUAUCGGCGGCCUGAAAGUGUUCUGCGAGGGUUCCAACAACACCUUCAACUUUGAUGACGAGAAGAGGAGAUAUUACUACGUCAACCUAGCCUGGUUAUUCUUCAUAUCGAAGUUGGUCGAGUUUUUAGACACGGUUUUCUUCAUCGUCCGCAAGAAAAACAACCACGUGAGUUUUCUGCAUGUGUACCACCACACCACCACGGCAUUGUUUACAUGGACGGGUCUCAAGUUUUUUACUGGGGGCAACAACAUAGUGUAUGGAGUUGUCAACAGUUUUAUCCAUGUCGUCAUGUACACGUACUAUGCCCUGGCAGCCUUUGGACCUGAGAUGACGAAGUAUCUCUGGUGGAAGAAAUAUCUCACCAGAUUGCAAAUUAGCCAGUUUAUGAUCUUCAUCACCUACGGUCUCUGGAACGAAAUCUACGGCUGCCCGUUCUCCAAGACUUUCGUCUACCUGACCUUCGUCCACAUCUUCAUCAUUCUCCUGCUGUUCAUCAACUUCUACGUGCAGUGCUACAACCGCGCACAGGUCAAGGCUAGAGCCAAGGUCAACGGCCGCUAUUUGCGCGCUGAAGAGCUGAGCAACGUGGGAGAUGCAGUAAAAAAAUUAAACUGA